CCACCAUUCGCCAUGACCAUUGAGCGUCCGAAUACGGUAUCACGUCGCCGGCGAUGGCAUUCUACGCGUCGAACGCGCCUUCCGCCUUGAUACGAACCGCUGCAAGGUGUACACAACGAACGUCUCAAACAUUAAAUCACCUGCCGUUGCGUCUGACCCCAGCACGAGCAUUCUCCGUCAAUGCGUCACUCCGGAAAAAGCAGGAGGAUGUGAAUGGCAAAACCGAGGCGCCGAAACACGCGCCACGAAAGACUGCGGGGAAGACAUCCUCGCUACGCAGUGUUGCUGUCGAAGCACAACGAUCACGAACAUUUGUCAAGUCGCGUGGCCGAACACGCUUCAUCGACCCAGAUGCCGAAACCAAAACAGUGACCGCGUACUGCGCCGCCGAGACAUACAACAUCGCCAUCGCCGCAAACCUUGUCAAAGCCCAAGGCUACGAGCUCGAUCCUUUCCAGACCGGACUCUACCCACAAGUGCUCCACAUACAGACCAGCGACCGACCGUCUGAGGUCAAAGACUUCCAACAGGGCGACAUCUUCAUCUUCCCCUCUGGCACAGUCGUCACAUGGAACGUCCGCGAACGGGAGGCUCUGAAGCUUGUGCAGCAGAUCUUGCCUGCCGCAGCAGAGGGCUCACACCUCGAGCUUCUCGAGACCGAAGACCUCGACUACCUGGAGGAUAGUUCACGCGAGAGCAGCGAAGUCGUUGGUGACACAAUCGUAUUGGGAACAAAGCCCGAGCAGGGUCCUGAUUCUUCCAUCGCAACACCAACUGAUUCUGGUCCUGCAUCGCCGGAGGUUGACACGGUCCUUGCUAAGAUUGCGUUCUCGUCUGGUCUGGCACGGUCUACGAAGCUUGCUGUCCUUGAAACGCUCCUAUCAAACUACCAACACUCGACUCGCGAGAUUCCCAACAUGCUCGCUGCAAAGCACACCCGCUCGCCCUUCACACGCUCCUUCAUACUCCGAAAGACUGGCGAACUGCUUUCCAUACGGGCGCAGCUAAACCUCUAUUCAGAGCUCACAGACAGCAUGCCAGACCUGUUCUGGGACUCGCGGCAUGAGCUGGGGCUGGGUGGCUACUACGACGACGUCGGCCGCGCUUUGGACGUCGGGGUCAGAAUCAAGGUACUGAACGAAAAGAUCGGCUUCGCGCAAGAGAUUGCAAGCGUGCUGCGCGAACAGCUGAGCGAGAAGCAUGGAUUGAGACUGGAAUGGGCAAUCAUCGCGCUCAUUGCUGUUGAAGUGGUACUAGAGUUUUGGAGACACUAUGAGGAGAGAAGGGAAAGAGACGAUCCGGCAAGUACGCAGGCAUUGCUGAGAGCAUAUCUGGAGCGACUAGCCAGGGAAGAGGUGAGACCGAAAGCCUUAUGACGGUAGCGAAAUCGUCGUCCAUUAUGAUACCCCACUCAGCAAUGUAAAACAACUGUUCAGACGAUACGACUAUGAGGAGACCCGAGCGAUCAAGAGUGUUGCAUCCUGAAAGGUUGUGGUCAGAGGUGACAGUGCUUUUCAAAUCAAAAUCCUUCGUGCAAAAGUACUACAGUGAA